AUGUUGGCCACUAUUGCAAGUGUGUUUCGAGGGACUGCCCAGAGGAAUGGUGCUGCACUGAUUAUGUCAGCACGCACAUUCACUGAAUUCACAACUCAGGCUACCUUUGAAAUAAAGAAAUGUGACCUCUUCAAGCUGGAUGAGGGCCCUGCCACUCAGGUGGUUCUGACUCGUGAUGAGGGUCUGCAGUACUACCGCACAAUGCAGCUCAUGAGACGUAUGGAGCUGAAGGCAGAUCAGCUGUACAAACAGAAGAUGAUUAGAGGGUUCUGUCACUUGUAUGAUGGCCAGGAAGCCUGUGCUGUUGGUCUUGAAGCCUCAAUUAACUUGUCAGACCACCUGAUCACAGCAUAUCGUGCACAUGGCUACACUUACACCCGGGGAGGGACUGUCAAGGAGAUCAUGGCUGAGCUCACUGGCAGAAGAGGUGGAAUUGCAAAGGGCAAGGGAGGCUCUAUGCACAUGUACUGCAAAAACUUCUAUGGUGGAAAUGGAAUUAUUGGUGCUCAGGUUCCUUUGGGUGCUGGUGUAGCACUUGCCUGCAAGUACCUGGGCAACAAUGAGCUGUGUGUCUGUCUCUAUGGUGAUGGUGCUGCCAACCAGGGCCAGAUCUUUGAAACAUACAACAUGGCUGCUCUCUGGAAGCUACCUGUUAUCUUUGUCUGUGAGAACAACCGAUAUGGCAUGGGCACCUCAGUGGAGCGAGCUGCAGCCAGCACAGAUUACUACAAGAGAGGAGAGUUCAUUCCUGGUCUGAGGGUGGAUGGAAUGGAUGUUCUCUGUGUCCGGGAAGCAACCAGAUUUGCUGCUGAUCACUGUCGCUCUGGGAAGGGUCCUAUUCUCAUGGAACUCCAGACAUACCGCUAUCAUGGACACAGCAUGAGCGAUCCUGGACUUAGCUACCGCACACGUGAGGAGAUUCGGGAAGUGCGCAGUAAGAGUGACCCCAUCUCCAUGCUAAAGGACCACAUGCUCAGCCACAACAUGGCUAGUGUGGAGGAACUCAAGGGAAUUGAUGUGGAAGUGAGGAAGGAGAUCGAGGAUGCAGCUCAGUUUGCCACCACAGACCCAGAGCCCCCACUGGAAGAACUGUGCAACCACAUCUUCUACAAUGAGCCACCUUUUGAGGUGCGCGGCACAAACCCAUGGACCAAGCUGAAGUCUAUUAGCUAA